GUAUUUAACCAUGGGUUAUUAAACGAACUUCAGCUACCUGCUGAUCAGGUGGAACGAUUAUUUCCCAAACUGGAUGAUUUGAUUGAAAUCCAUACCACGUUUUUACGUCAGUUAUUACAGCUACAGAAAAAACGUACUGAUAAGUUUAUUGAGGAGGUUGGACCUGUUUUACUUGAAAUGUUUAAUGGAGUGAAUGCGGAGAAGAUGAAGAAAGCUUACGGUUGUUUUUGUUCAAAACAUAAAGAAUCUGUAGCCUUAUAUAAAGAAUAUUUAAAAACUGAACGCAAGUUUCACAGCUUCUUUCGAAAAUGUUCCGAGUUAUCGAUGGUUAAAAAACGUGAAUUUCCUGAUUUUAUACUUGGUGUGACCUUACGUCUUUCAAAAUAUCCUUUAUUAAUAGAAGCAAUACAGAAUAGUACAAAAGGUAAGUCUUGA